CAAGGUUGCAUGUGUGUCUACUUGGCGCUACCAUCUUGUCAACUUUAUCAUAUGAUUGUUUGAUCUGGCCAUAUUUUUAGUCAAUCGCACUGUGCGCUUUCGUUUUAUUUUUCGCUCUGUUGCGCCGUUUUUAUGUUGUGUGUGUGUGGUGUGCACAAUAAAUUAAUAUUUUAUUUUGUCGUGUAUAUUCGACUGAGCAUACAGUUUUUUUUUUCGAUAAAUUGGAAAAUUUUCAGUUGAAUAUUACGCCGCCCAAUUAAGAGGAUAGUUUUGGCUCAACAUUAUCACUAAACAAAUUUUUAAAGCCGAUUGUAUUUGCAUGCAUUUAUGUACAUACAUGUAUGUAUAUGUAUGUGUGUAUGCAUACAACGUGUACGUGAAUUGUUGUUAGUGGUGUGAGUCAUGACGUUUUGCCUAACGCACGGCGCAGAAAAUAUUCAUAUUGUGCGUUGCAUAAAGAUUGCAUCGUCUCAGUGCUAAAUACAGAAGGCGUGUCGCAUAUUUAAGGAGUCCAAAUUCUAUUUAGUUUGUGGUUCUUCAAGGAUUCUCUGCAGCUGCACCCACAUUUCUAAAAUAAACUACCACACACACACGCGCACAAACACAUACGGGUAAACGCACACUGAUCCGCUACGGACGACAAAAGGUAGUGGGAGCAGCAGAAACGACAACAACAACAAUAAAGCAGUCGUCACACUUGAGGUACUUUUCGGUUUAAUGUUCAGCAGCGACCGUAAACCAACAAUUCAUAGUCGUAGUCAACGCAGUGAAAAGUGUAAAGCGCUGUAAACAACACUCGCAACAAAAACAACGACAACAACAUCAGCCGCACCAACAACAACAAACAUCGAGCACCACAACUUUCGCCUGCACCAGAGCCCCCUAAAAAAGAAAAAAAAACAAAAGCUGCAUCUGUAGUAACAACCACAACUGCAAUGGUCGAUCGUCUCGUCAACUCGGAGGCCAACACACGCCGCAUUGCCUCCGUGGAGAGCUGCUUUGGCAGCUCCGGCGUGCCAUUAGCCGUUCCCGGCCGUGUCCUUGUCGGCGAGGGUGUGCUUACAAAAAAGUGUCGCAAACGUCCAAAGUCGCGACAAUUUUUCCUAUUCAACGAUAUAUUGGUUUAUGGCAACAUUGUCAUUGGCAAGAAAAAGUACAACAAGCAGCAUAUAAUGCCGCUCGAGGAGGUAUCCUUGGAAUCGAUACCAGACAAUCAGCAGUACCGCAACGGUUGGUACAUACGCACCACUACCAAAUCGUUUGUGGUCUACGCGGCCACCAGCACCGAAAAGCAGGAAUGGAUGGCGCAUAUCAACAAGUGUGUGGAGGAUCUGUUGCGGAAAAGCGGCAAAAAGCCCGUCGAGAAUCAUGCCGCUGUCUGGGUGCCCGAUGCCGAGGCCAGCAUUUGUAUGCAUUGCAAGAAGACGCAGUUCACGUUCGUGCAGCGCCGUCAUCAUUGUCGCAAUUGCGGCGCUGUUGUCUGUGCCGCAUGCUCGUCGAAGAAAUUCCUGCUGCCGCAGCAAAGUGUAAAGCCAUUGCGUGUCUGCAAUGGCUGCUAUGAGCGGCUCAAGCAUGCGCCGAACACCCAUAACGCCGACGAUGAUGCGGCCGAUCGCAAUGCCGGCAAAUUAAAUGCCAGCAAUGCGGUGUCGGCUGACAGCUCGAAUGAUGACGAUACGGACGAGGAUAUAGCCCAAUCGGCUGGUGAGGCGCACGAUGAGCCACGCUUCUACGGUGACACAAGUGCUCUCUCAUCCGAUGAGACGGCGGCAUCAUCAACGACUACUCUGACGGCAGCAUCAUCGGCAAUACCAACAACAAUAACAGCCACAACACCUACAACGGUCGCGACGGCGACAAAUAGUUGCUGAGCAACUGCUCCGCCUGCCCAAUGCAGUGAUGCUGACGAUAAAGACGACGAUGACGACCAUAAGGAUGAUGAUGACGAUGAUAAUGGAGUUGAUGCGAGUGGGUGGUGGUGGCGACGCUGGUGACGACGACAAGUUUAUGUUGAUGUCGCUGGGCAGAAAACUGGAUCACUGGAAGAAGAGAAACGCUUAAAACUCGAAGCGGAGGAGAUCCAGAAAAUACGAAAAAUGACGGAAUUCAAAGCUCGUCCAAAUCCUUUUAAAUAACAUGCAUACAAUUAUAAUAAUAAUAGUAAAAAUAUUUAAAUUUUAUAAUUAAGAAAAGAUAUGAAAACAAAGAUAUAAAAUAUUUUUUGUUCAUUUAUUUUUGUACUACAUAUUAAUCUUGAGCAAAUGCUACAUUUAUAAGAAUCAGAAAGAUUUUUGAUGCAUACCCGGGCAGUCAAGGUACCGGUAUGAGGUAAAUUGUUAAAUGUACACACAAAAUAAAAUCUUUUUAUAUUAAAGUAAAAUCAAUCGUUCGGAAGGCAUAAAGAUAUAUACAUGUAAGAAUCUAUUAAUUAUUUAACAUUAUAUUAACUGUUUUCUAUUUGUAUAAAGUAAAUCAAAUAUAAAUUAAUAUUGUACAGUGCAUGUUCACCCUUGUUUUGUGGUGUGUGUGUUUGUUUUUUUUUUUCUUUUCUGUUUAUUAAAAACUUGUUUACCAUAAAUUUUAAACGCAA